GUAACUGGACAAACUUCCCACAUCACUGUCAGAGAUGGAGAUGAAGCCACUUUGUCCUGUAAAAAUGUGAUGACUGAUCAGGAUGAAUGUAAUAGUACUACCUGGUUCUUCAUUGGUUCAACAAACACAGAAGCAGUAGAUCUGAUUGCACUUCGGCAGAUUGGUGAAAAAGCCAAAGCUAAAUCAGACAGACUGAGUGUUACAGAUAACUGUUCUCUGGUUAUAAAGAAGGUCACAGUUGAAGAUGUUGGUCGUUACAUCUGCAGACAUUACAACACAUCAGGACAACAAAGUCAAGAACACAAUGUGUAUCUGUCUGUUGUUAGCAUGACUGAACAUAAGGACAAUGAUAAGGUGACGUUUAGCUGCUCUGUGUCGAUAGAUGGACGCUGCAGAUACACAGUGAAGUGGCUGUAUGAGGGAAGAGACUGGGACAUAAAUAGCAGAGGCGCAUGGACAUCAGCUCCUACCUGCUCAGCCAAUGCAUUGUUGUUAACUUUUAAUUUUAUUUACACGUCAAUUUAUGAGUCUUUGCAGUGUAAAGUCACAGAUCUCAACAGUAAAGAAGUGCAGCUGUAUAACUUCAGUUCUCAGUUGUCAGAUAAGAAACCAGGAAAUGAUGCAACAACAACACCAAUGACACAAACGACUGAAGUGAUGAAACCAUCAACUUUAAACACAACAGAACAAACAGUUUAUGCAGAUUGUUCUUUUCUGAGCUACAUAAUGUUGGUGAUGCGUGUGGCUGAACUCGUCCUCAUCACUGUUGUUACUGUUCUUCUCUUCAGAGCUCGAGCAGGGAACCAGAGACCACCUGAUGACCACACUGUGAGUUGAUGUAUAAAAUCAACUAAUAACGUCCAUGUUACUGUAAUGCAGGACUGUGAAUGUCUCACUGUUUGUGUUU